CUUUUUUUAGAUAAUAUUAUUAGUUUUGGGUACUCUUUUCUUCUCACCAUCGAGCGCCGCACUUCAGUGAUCCAUGGAGGAUGAGAGGUUGAAUUCUCCAAGCACAUCAACUGUUGUUGUUGAAGUUCUUGGUCAUCGCUUGCAUAUAUCCCAGGAUCCGAAUUCCAAGCAUUUGGGUACCACUGUCUGGGAUGCAUCUAUGGUGUUUGUCAAAUUUCUGGAAAAGAACUCAAGAAAGGGAAGGUUUUGCCCAUCCAAGCUUAAAGGAAAGCGGGCCAUCGAACUUGGAGCUGGUUGUGGUCUAGCAGGGUUGGGAAUGGCACUACUUGGAUGUGAUGUUGUUUCAACUGAUCAAGUUGAGGUGUUACCAUUGCUUAUGAGGAAUGUUCAACGAAAUAUGUCGUGGAUCACACAAGCAAAUCCUUCAGAGUCAGUUGGUGCUGUCGAGGUUGUUGAGCUCGACUGGGGCAACAAAGAUCACAUCAGAUCUGUUUGUCCUCCGUUUGAUUACAUCAUAGCCACUGAUGUUGUGUAUGCAGAGCAUUUGCUGGAGCCCUUAGUUGAAACUAUCUUGGCACUAGCAGGUCCUAGAACAACAAUAUUGAUAGGUUAUGAAAUAAGGUCCAACACGGUCCAUGAACAGAUGACUAACAUGUGGAAGAACAACUUUGAGGUGAAAACCAUCCCAAAAGCAAAGAUGGAUCACAAGUACCGGCAUCCCAGUAUUCAGCUAUUUAUGAUGGAAUUGAAGGCACAAUCCAAAUCAGAAGACAGCACUAGUGAUUUACCGAAAAUACCAGAGACCAGUUUCGGAACUGACGAAGCUGGUGAUAAUUAUGAACUAGAAGAGAAGGAAGAAAGUAAAAGUGUGGUGACGGAAGAUGAGAAGGCUGAUGAUUGGGAGACAAGAAGAGCAGGAGCUAUGGCUGCGCGGCUUCUUCGAGAUGUCAAGAUUGCUUGAAUGCAUAUAUGUUUGUGUUAUUAUUCCAUAACAUCAAUUUUACUGAGCUGCUCUGCAUGUACUUCUAUCUCUGUACCUUUGGUUUUUAUUCAUCUUCCUCUGUAUGGGUAACAAAUUCAGUGGCGGAUUUAUAGGCGGCAAGGGUGUGCUUGAAGCACAAUUUUGCCCAUGACUAUAUAUAUAUAUAUAUAUAUAUAUAUGUUAUUGUAAUAUUA